AUGUUCAACUCAUCUAGCCUGGUCUCAAAUAUCAUCACCAGCACGGUCUCGAAUUUAGUGAUUGGUAAGAUGGGAAUAACCGUCGUCUUAUCCCACCCCGCAACUACCCAGUACAACCCCCAGAUCCGAUCCGCACUCCCCGACCCUGUACCCAUCCUUACCGCUACUCUCUCCCCUGCAUCCUACACGUCACACUUGGGACAAGGUCUGACCGCCAGAACAGCUACGCGGGCAUGUGCGGUUGCACUGCUGGCAUAA